GGCUUUUCUUUCCCUUCGUUGUUGGCACUAGCUUGUAGAGUGGGUUUCCGAUGGAGACCCUUGUCAUGAGGGCAGGGAGAGGUUUGACGGCAUUGCUAUGCCUCUUGCCCUUGACCUUGACGAGCACUUGGCUCGAGGCAUCAGAUGGUUCCGCGCAUCUUUCAUGCCGAGCAAUGUGUCGCACACGAUCGGGAGGAGAAGUGCUGAGACUGAGGGGGGGAGAGGAUGGCUUUGCUGGGCUGACAGAUGAGAACCGAACUCUCUUUACACGAGCAUGGAAGGACAACCAGUUCUUUGCUCUUGCGGACAGCCAGGCGUCACAGAAGGGGGAGGAGGAUGAGUUUCCGGUGAGGCUGCUGACUCAGGAGGAGAGAAAGGAGAAAGCGAGGUUGAGGGAGAAGGAGCCAUGGUUUGGAGCCGAGGACGAGAGCUCGCAUCUCGAGGAGGAUGAUGAGUUGAUGGCGCAGACAAUCCUGCAAGAGGCUGGACUACAGCAUGUUGAGGAGGGACUGGAGGGAAUAGAGUGUCCCCCUCCUCCUACCGUAUUUGAGCAGCAGGUCUUUGAUUCCGAUGAAGCGAAUGCUGGGAAUCAGCUGAACUACGUCAGCGAGGACGUCUACGAGGGUCUGAGACGAGAUGUGGAGGGGUGGUGCAACGAGACUAUGACGACCGAGGACGAAAAUGAGCAGGAGGAGGAGGAGGAGGAGCAGAAUGCCGGAGCUCAGCAGGAGCUCGAGAUAAUUGAUUCGCCUCCCUGCUCACUGGGACGCCGGAGGAGCUUAUGGAGCCGCUACAUCGAGCACAACGUGACGGUGUUUAACGUCAGCGAUGCUGAGGGGUACGCUGAAGCGAUCAGAGAGAAGAAAGUCGUCGCUCCUGUGACCCUGACGGCAUCAGCUUCAGUUCUCUCCGCGAUCUUUGCCAAGUUUGUCAACGAGUAUCAGAGGCAGGGAGCUCGAGCGUCUCGCACGGAGUUCUCGAUUGUUGACAACGCCAUCACGACUAUCCUCAAGGGUGCAACUCAAAUUGGAUGUGGAACACGGCAGCAGAUCGUGUGGUCAUUAGGGCAGAUUAGGAAGGUCCUUCAGGUCGGGUUUGAGGUGGGAGCGACGAGCGGGCAAGUGAGCGCAAGGAUGAGGCAGAGGGCGAGGCAGUUGCGAGACACCAACGUGGUACGGGCCAAGGAGAUGAGGCUGGUGGAGGAGGUGAUCAAAAUGAUGGAGACGUACGAUACCAUCCUGCCAGACACUCCGUACGAGGACAAGGAGGAUGAAUAAACCAACCAGGUUGG